ACCGAAGCGUCCUCUGUGGCAAAACAUGGAUCAACCUUCCUUUUACCCGUGUUGCCUUUGCGUGUAUGGUUCCACCGUAAACACAAAACAAAUCUAAGCCAUGGUGCGUAUGAAUGUAUUGAGUGACGCUCUCAAGUCGAUUAACAAUGCUGAGAAGCGGGGAAAGCGCCAGGUGCUGAUCAGGCCAUCCUCCAAAGUCAUCGUCAAGUUCCUGACGGUGAUGAUGAAGCACGGUUACAUUGGCGAAUUCGAAAUUGUCGACGAUCAUAGGGCUGGAAAGAUUGUUGUAAACCUGACUGGGAGGUUGAACAAAUGCGGCGUCAUCUCCCCACGUUUCGAUGUCCCAAUUAGGGAAAUCGAGAAAUGGACAAACAAUCUAUUACCUUCUCGUCAAUUUGGAUACGUCGUUUUGACAACAAGUGGCGGCAUUAUGGACCAUGAAGAGGCCAGAAGGAAACAUCUCGGAGGCAAGAUCCUCGGAUUCUUCUUCUAAAAAUAAUGUUAAUUAAAAUAAAACUUUAAUACAGAAAAAGAAUAAAUUUAA